UUCCGCCCCUUCGCGGUUCUGCCCCUUAAAGGGGCUAAAUUGGCCUCCGCCUGGGGAGCAUCGACCUCGGAGGGGGGAAAACUGCCGGGGCCUUUUUAAAAGGCAGAGCCAAGAAGAUUCUGGGUUCUAGGACCAAGCAAUGAGAGGCUCCGUAUGGCCUCCACCCCUCCCUCCCCCUUCUGAGGUCAAAUGCCAGUGUCAGUUGCGCCGUAGUCUGUGCGGUGAGCGGUGCAGGUAAGGAUUGGCGCGAGGCUUGCGACGGGGAGCUGACCCUCUCUGACGCCCCGCUGCUCCAGAUCGGGGUGUCUUCAGAGCUUCGUUUGCCGGCCUGCUGCCCACAUGGCCCUCAGAGGGAUCUCCGCGCGGCUGCUGAGCUGCCGAUCUGGCCUGCGCAUCCUGCAAGCCUGGGGUUCGGCGGCGGCACAGACUGAAAAGAGCGGAAAGACACAGAGCAAAGCGACCAAGUCCUUGCGUCCGGAGUUUGACUGGAGGGACCCGCUGGUGCUGGAGCAGCAGUUGACGGCGGAUGAGAUCCUUAUCAGGGACACCUUCCGAACCUACUGCCAGGAGCGUCUCAUGCCCCGCAUCCUGCUGGCCAAUCGCAAUGAAGUUUUUCAUCGGGAGAUCAUUUCAGAGAUGGGGGAACUCGGAGUUCUGGGUCCGACCAUUAAAGGAUAUGGCUGUGCUGGAGUCUCAUCUGUGGCCUAUGGGCUCCUGGCCCGAGAGUUGGAGAGGGUAGAUAGUGGCUACAGGUCAGCAAUGAGUGUCCAGUCCUCCCUCGUCAUGCACCCUAUCUACGCAUAUGGCAGCGAGGAACAGCGGCAGAAGUACCUGCCCCGGCUGGCCACUGGGGAGCUCCUGGGCUGCUUUGGGCUGACAGAGCCCAACCAUGGGAGUGACCCUGGCAGCAUGGAGACCAGAGCCCACCACAACCCCUCCAGCAAGAGCUACACCCUAAAUGGGGCCAAGACCUGGAUCACCAACUCGCCUGUGGCAGACCUAUUUGUAGUAUGGGCUCGGUGUGAAGAUAAUUGCAUUCGGGGCUUCCUGUUGGAGAGGGGGAUGCGAGGCCUUUCAUCCCCCAAAAUUGAGGGCAAGUUCUCCCUGAGGGCCUCAGCCACAGGCAUGAUUGUCAUGGACGGUGUAGAGGUUCCAGAGGAGAAUGUGCUACCCAAUGCAUCUGGCCUGGCGGGUCCCUUUGGCUGCCUAAACAACGCCCGGUAUGGCAUUUCCUGGGGUGCUCUUGGAGCUGCCGAGUUCUGUUUGCACACCGCCCGGCAGUACACCCUGGACAGGAUCCAGUUUGGCGUCCCAUUGGCUAGGAACCAGCUGAUUCAAAAGAAGUUGGCGGACAUGCUCACUGAGAUCACAUUGGGCCUUCAUGCCUGCCUACAGCUUGGCCGCCUGAAGGAUCAAGACAAGGCCACCCCAGAAAUGGUCUCCUUGCUGAAGAGGAAUAACUGUGGGAAGGCCCUGGACAUUGCCCGCCAGGCCCGAGACAUGCUGGGGGGAAAUGGAAUUUCUGACGAGUAUCAUGUGAUCCGCCACGCCAUGAACCUAGAGGCUGUGAAUACCUAUGAAGGCACUCAUGACAUUCAUGCGCUGAUUCUCGGAAGGGCGAUCACUGGGAUCCAGGCAUUCGUAGUCGGGUGCAAGGAGAGACUAGGAGACAUAGAAGCAACCUCUGAGAGACCCACCUGGCAUCUGAGAGACCCACACCUCCUUCCCCUGCACAAGAGUUCCCUGUGUGCCCUUGACCCUUCCAUUUAGGGAGCCAUGCCUUAGGCUAGAUAUUGGAGCAAAAAAAGGGUGAGAGAGAGAAUAAUAAAGAAUCUGCACUCUUGACCACAGUUUGGACCACAUUUACUUGUAACCACCUGGAAGGUGCUGGGACAGGGAAGGAUUUUCCCACGGCCCAAGGGAACUGGACUGUGUCUGAGCCUUGGUCUCCGCUAGGAUAAAUAAACUAAAUUAGGCAUUGCUGAGGGCUUAGGGGUAUGGGCAGACCCCUCCUGCCCACAGGAGAUUUUGCUUUUUGUCACCAGAGACGAAUACAUAGUGGUGAGAAUAACAAGUUGGCUUCUCUUCUUGGACACACCAUGUCGGGGUGGGAGGUGGGUGGCAGGAUGGAGAGGAAGAAGAGAGAAUAUGGGCUACAACCAAGAUAGCAAAGGCACGACUUUGCCAGUGGCCCCUGUGGGGUUGAGGGCUAGGCACUGGCAUCCUUGUUUUCUGAUGACAUGUACUUUCAGCUUAGCCCAUUAAAUUCUCCUUCCCUGCUGUGCCUCUACCCCCAUCCCCACCCUGUAUGAGUUUGCUUGUACCUCAGGCUGGAGACACAGGUCUUUGUACACAGUCUCCACUGUGUGACACGCUUGUUUGAGCUCUGUUUCCAGGUUGCUGAUCUUUGCCAUUUUCUGGGUGAAUUCUUGGAGUUUCUCCUGAAUGAUCUUGUUGUGGUGAUUAUAAAUCUGGUACAUCCUCUCCUCUAGCUUCUCUGUCAGGUCAGAAACCUUUGAAAGAAUAAGAUGUGUUCUUGGAAAAUCAAACAAGAUGCAUAACAAGUCAUUUGGAUCAAAUGGAUCUCUUCUAUUUCUGCAAUGUAUUUUAUAAAAAUGGUAAAAGCAACUCUAGUUACUGAGGCUAAAAUAGCCUAUAUGUCAAGUUAUUUUUUAAAAGCAAGAUGCAAAAUUAUGAGAAUUAGACUCUUAUUAGUAAACAAUAUACAGACACUGAUUUGUAAUGAUGCAUACCUGAAAUUUAUAUUAUAAUGCAAUGUUACAUGAAUAAAAAAAAAUCUA